AUGACACCCAUAAGGUCAUCUAGGCUUAAUAGCCCACCAACUAUUUUUAACUCCGAUGGGCUAUUGCUGAAGCGAGAAAGCCCUUCACGGCAUUUGGAGGAGGAAUGCACCACACCCGACUCAAGGCGCUUGAGAGCAGAACUCGAAAUGUACAAGGGCCCUAGUAGAGUUCGUCGCAGUCUAAACAUGGAAGGAUCUGAAACUGAGGUUCUUUCGAAUAGUGAGAAAAUAAAAAAUAAAAAGAUUCCUUGCAAGAGCGCUCUUGGAAAGGAGAAUAAGCAGAACAUGGCAUCCGCAGUAACAAGCGUGGAAGCUGAUGUCCCUCCAAAGCCAAAGUCUACAAGAAAUAAACUAGAUAAUUUAACCAACCAAAUAUCAGAUUGGAAUCCUACAGAGUAUAUUUUAGAGUACUUCAAUCAUUUUAUUACAGAUUCCUCACAUAUUCUUGCGGUGAAGACAGCUUUGCAUUUGUCUGAAGUGCCAAAAUCACUUAUCUGCCGUGAAGAAGAGCAGAAAAAGUUAUUUGAUUUCUGCAAGACAUUUAUCGAAAAAGAAAAAGGUGGAAGUUUGUAUGUAUGUGGAUGCCCAGGAACUGGAAAGUCUUUGCUAUUGGAGAAAGUUAAAUCACUUUCUAUGGAACGGGCUAAAGAAGCUAGGAUUCCUGCCCCAGAUUCACUGGUCCUUAAUUGCACUUUCUUGACAAACACUUCAGACAUAUUCAAAAGGUUUCUAAUAUCUUAUAUGUUGGAUCUAUUUCUAAUAGAUACUAGAACAAUGCCAAGGAAGGAAAAAGAACUCUACAUAAGUUUAUUGUGCCAGAAGAAAAAAUCAGAUUCCAAAAAGUCGAUGCUGCUGAUUGUUGAUGAGAUGGAUUUUCUAAUUAGUAGAGAUCAAUCAGUUCUGUAUGAUCUCUUCAGGCUUCCUACUUUCCCAAAUUCACAAUGUAUGCUAAUAGGAAUUUCAACUGCAUUUGACUUGACUGAUCGGCUUCUUCCCAAGUUGCAAUCUCUAAACCGUGAACCUCUUGUUAUGACAUUUCGUGCCUAUUCAAAAGACCAGAUACUUAAGAUACUUCAGGAAAGAUUGAAGGGUCUUCCAUUUCAAGCUUUUCAACCUCAGGCAUUGGAGCUUUGUGCAAGGAAGGUAGCUGCUGCAUCAGGGGAUAUGAGGAAAGCUCUUAAUGUCUGCAGAGAUGCUGUUGAAAUGCUUCAAGCUGAAUUAGCUGAUGCGGUGUAUUCUCCAGACAAGAUUUCUUCUGAAAAGCUGCCUAGUGAUCCAAGUUUGUCAAUUGAGGGCAAAUUAACAAAGCAGGAAACGCCCAUGGUAAGAAUUGAUCAUAUGGCCAGGGCUCUGGCAAGAACAUUCUGGUCAGCUGUUGUUGACAGUGACACCAUACAGUCUUUACCCCAACACCAACAAAUAGUGCUAUGUAUAGCAGUCAAGUUUUUUCGGUGUGGGAAGAAGGAUGCUACACUAGGGGAGCUGAAUGCAGCAUAUUUGGACUUUUGUAAAGCCACAUCCAUGCACCCUCUUACUGGGCCUGAGUUUUCUACUAUGUGUAGGGUGCUCAGUGAUCAGGCCCUUCUCAACCUAGGUCAAUCCCGAGAAGACAGGCUGAAGAGAGUAACCUUGAAGGUCGAUGAAGGAAAUGUAAUUUUUGCGUUGCAGGGAAUACGAUUUUUCAGAAACUGUCUUCAAUAAUGCACCUUUUGGGACCUAUUGUUUGAGAGGUUUAUUUAGUUUCUUGAAAACUGGAAAGACAAGAUCAUCUACAUUUGAGUUACUAUAUCCAUCAUUUCUGCUGUAUCACUGAAGAGAAACUUUAGUGAGCAAAUGGCAAUUUAACUCUAGAGUGAAGGCAUUAUGUUACAAUUCUGCAUUGAUUUGCUGCCAAUGUUA